AUGUCGGAUCCCACGCGCAUAAAAUCCACCGUCUAUGUAGGCGGCCUUGACAAUGCAGUUACUACACGCACACUACACGACGCGUUCGUGCCGUUCGGAGAAAUAGUCGAUGUCACUCUGCCCAAGCCGGACUUGCCCUCUUCAACCGACCCUCAUCGUGGUUUUGGAUAUGUCGAGUUCGAGAACACGGCAGAUGCCAAAGAGGCUAUCGACAACAUGGAUCAGAGUGAGCUUUAUGGACGAGUCAUCAAAGUUGCGCCGGCCAAGCCUCAGAAGGACCAAAACGAGGGACUGGGCAGCAAGACAGCUAUUUGGGAACAGGAGGGCUGGUUGGCGGAGCAUGCUGUGAGCGAAGAAGACCGACUGGCCACUGAGCAGGCGCGAGCAGUCUCUUCAGGGCCUCCAGAUCCAAUGCAAGGGCUGGAGGGACUAGAUGUCGCAGGACCGACACUUCCAACAAAACCAGCGUAG